ACCAAAGAAACCAAGGUGAGUCCAUAGCAUUGCCUUUCCAAUUCAUCCUCUCACUCCAAAAGAGAGAGAGAGAGAAGGAAAAAAAAAAUAAGAGAGAAACAUUUCCUUCUGUUAAGAUCAAAGAAUCAUGGCCUUUUAUGCUGCCUUGAGGACAUCAGUUGCCAUGCUUAUGAUGCUUGUGGUAACCAUACAACACACAAGUGCCACGGCCAAGAUCGUGUGCGAGCAGCUCCACAAAGACAAGUGCGCAUUCUCUGUCUCCUCCUCCGGCACCCGAUGCGUGCUCGAGCAACGAAUGACACACUCCACUUCCACAGAGUAUGAAUGCAAAGCUUCAGAGAUAGCCGCUGCACAUUUAUCAAACUGGAUUGAGACUGACAAAUGCUUAGAGGCUUGUGGGCUCAACCGAAACAUGGUCGGAAUUUCGUCGGAUUUCCUUUUGGAGCCUCAGUUCGUGAAAAAGCUUUGCGCUACACAGUGCUACCAUGGUUGCCCUAACAUUCUCAACCUCUACUUCAACUUAGCAGCUGGUGAAGGAGUCUACCUUCCAAAAUUAUGUGAGGCACAAAGGGCGAGCUCCCGCCGUGCGAUGGCCGAGAUUCGGAGCUCCGGCCUCGCAGCCGCACCGGAAGCCUCCAUCCCUGCUGAAAUACAAGGAGCACUCCCACCCCUACCAUCCUCCUCCUAAACUCUCCCUUUCUCUAUCUUAUUUUAAUGUUUAGAGUUUUAGUGUGAGAAAAAAGCGUGUAUGUUUCGGCCAACCGAAUUAUAUUUUGAGUUUUAUUGUAAGAAAAAAGUGUGUCAUAUUCCGGCCAGCCGAAUUGAGUGUGCGAACUUGGUCAUGUAAAUGAGUUUAUGGUAACAUGAAAUACAGUGAUUUGAGGGUUUCAUGUAAAAAUGAGAAGGGUUUGUGAAUUACCCCCAAGUGUUUGACUUUGCCAUUAGUGAGUUACAAAUGGUUAUAUUGAGUUUUAUAAA